ACUGUCAUUCAAACAACCACUUCGCCUCUUUUCUUGAAAAAGCAGACUUUGAGAAACCCAAACUGGGAUCAUCGGAUUGGGUGAAACAUCCAAAUAGCUAAAGGAGAAGCCAUCACCAAACCCUUUUUUUUUUUCAUCAUCUUCUUCGUAUUUUGAAUCUUUGUUCGAUACUUGUGAAUCAUCGCUUGCUGGAGUUUCUGUUUGUUUGAUGGGAAUUAGUUUCUGGGGAAUUUCCCUGCCAUGGCCAAAUUGUCGUUCAAGGAUUCUCUGAAAGCUCUGGAAGCCGAUAUCCAACACGCUAAUACACUUGCUUUAGAUUAUCCGCGGGAUAAGGAUGGAGCUCGUGUUCAGAUGAGACUGUCUUAUAGCCCGGCUGCCCAGUUCUUCCUUUUUCUUGUUCAGUGGACUGACUGUCACCUUGCUGGUGCCCUCGGUCUUCUCAGAGUUCUUAUUUAUAUGACCUAUGCGGAUGGGAAGACCACAAUGGCAGUUUACGAAAGAAAAGCCAGUAUUAGAGAGUUCUAUGCUGUGAUAUUUCCGUCGCUGUUACAACUACAAAAGGGCAUUACGGAUCUGGAAGACCGCAAGCAGAAAGAGGUUUGCAAUAUGAGGUACAGAAGGAAGGAUGAGGGAGAAAGGGGUAAGCUCUCGGAUAUCGACAUUGAAAGAGAAGAGGAAUGUGGGAUUUGCAUGGAGAUGAACAGCAUGGUCGUGCUUCCCAACUGCACUCAUUCUUUGUGCAUCAAGUGUUACCGGGACUGGCGAGGGCGGUCUCAGUCGUGUCCCUUCUGCCGGGACAGUUUGAAAAGGGUAGAUUCGGGUGAGCUCUGGAUCUUCGUCGAGAAAACCGACGCAGCUAAUCUCUCUGCCAUCACGAGAGAGAAUCAGAAACGGCUGUUCAUGUUCAUCGAGAAGCUUCCACUGGUGGUUCCAGAUCACGUGUUUGCGUCUUCUCCCUACGAUUGCCAUGUCAGGUGAAGAAGAAGAAGAAGAUGGAGGAAGCUUUUCUUAUAAAAAGCCGAAACCGGAUCUGGUAACUGUCUCUGUAUAUGCGUCUGAAAUUGGAAAGGAAGGGACACUGUGUAUGUAUGUAUGUAUUAGAGUAAAAGCCUUCUUCCGUUUCUGGGAAAGUUCUGUUCUACGUGCUUUUUUGGUGCAUUUGGCGAUGCUUUCCCGUUCCCGUUGAAACCUCUCCAUGUAAAUCUGUUAAUCUAAACCUCUUCCCACAGAAGAAGGUUUCACUCUCAAAUUCAGUCAACGGAGAUGCUGCUCCUUCUGUUUCAA